AUGGCUACGACAAGGCUUCGCAGGGUGUUUCGCUACCCAGAUGGAUCGAGCGACGAUGAAAACGAUCGUGACGAGCUAGACGAAGAGGAGCAAGAAAACGUAAUCAAGCGGCUACAACUACUGAACGAACAGCGAAAUUGCGAAUACAGCGUGAGCACAAUCCCUGGCAUCUCGGGUGUCGUGUGUACUGAAAUCCAUGCCUGA